AUGACCCAUCGCGGCUCAGAGCAGACUAUCUCAGCCAAUGAGAAAGAUAUCAAGAAGGAGUACACUACAUCCGAGGAAAUUGCCGAUGUCGAAUAUGGCUCUGCCACAAUCGAUCCAGAAGAAGUACCGGCCUUGGUCGAUGGCCCCGCCUAUGGCUGGGUCAUUGUCUUCGCGGCGUGUUUUACCCAGAUGAUCUCCAUGGGUAGCUGUAAUGUCUAUGGUGUUUACCAGGACUACUAUCUCACACAUACCUUCAAAGGCACCGCAUCAACGUUCCAGCUCGCAUGGAUUGGCUCCCUAGCUGUCAUGGCACUCGAUGUCGCAGGUCCAUUCACAGGCUCCAUCUGCGACCACUUCGGCCAUAGGCAAGCAUCCCUGGUCGGUGUCCUCAUCAUGGCCCUGUCCCUCGUCGCAGCCGCAUUUUCAACCCAUGUCUGGCAGCUGUAUCUGACCCAGGGCCUGCUCUACGGGUUCGGUGCCUCUUUGACCUACUUUGCGGGUCUGUCUCUCCCUGCCCAAUGGUUCACUCGAAGCCGCGGUCUGGUCACUGGCAUCGCCAUCAGUGGUGGAGGCAUCGGUGGACUGUGGAUGUCGCCCAUUGUCAGCAAGCUGUUAAACAGCAAGGGUUUCCGCUUCACCAUGCUCUCAGUCGCGAUCGCUCACUUGGUUCUUCUGAUCCCCGCAUGUAUGCUCUUCAAGACGCGUCUCGACCGCAAGUUCGUGGACUUUACCAUCAUGAAAGACCUUCGCUUCUGUCUGCUGUUCGUUGCCGGCAUCUUUGUCGUCAGCGGAUACUUUACCCCCUUCUAUUUUAUCAGCUCAUACGCGCAACAGCACGGUGUUGAUACCUCCACCGCUGCCUUAAUGGUCGGAAUCAUGAACGGUGCCUCUGCCGUUGGCCGUAUCGUCAUGGGCUUGGUCUCUGACAAGAUCGGCUGUAUCAACGCGCUCUUAAUCUCCACAUUCGCGGCCACACUCUCGCUUCUGCUGAUCUGGAUCUUUGCCAAGACAGUGGCGGUGAUGUUCUUGUUCUCAGUCGUCUACGGUCUCUGCUGCGGUGCCUAUCUUUCCUCAACUGUCUCUGUCUCUGCCGCCAUCUGCGGAUUGGGGCGCCUGGCCACAGUGACCGGUAUCAUUUACGCGGGCAUGGCCGUGGGAUCCCUGAUCGGAUCCCCAGUCUCCGGUGCCAUUCUCGACUCGAUUGGGCACAAGACCGACUACACGGGUGUCAUCCUCUGGUCUGGUACGGUUAUGGCGGUGGGAACUGCGAUCUUAUUUGUGCUGAGGUAUGUCACCGACAAGAACAUGCUCGCAAGGGUAUAA